UGCAUAGAAUAGAAACGAGGUUUUUUCCGUAUCCUACACCGUCAUCUCGAAGAAUUUCGUCGUCGGAUCGGAUCUUCUCUUUCACUUCCUGUUUCUCUCUCAAUCAAUCAGAUCGGAAGAUGAUUGACGAUCAGGAGUUAGGUUUUCUUGCCAAUUUCCUCGGCAUUUUUAUCUUUGCUUUAGUGAUUGCCUACCAUUACGUUACGGCUGAUCCGAAAUAUGAAGGCAACUGAGAUGUCGUUGAAUCAGAUCCCUAGGUCAAUCGGUAAAAUGCAUUACUGUUAGGUGUAUACCGUUUUUUUAUCUGUAUGUUAGGUUUUCCCUUUUUUUUUUUGAGGAUUUUCUAAUCAAUGUAAGCAACCUUUUAACAAUGAAAUCGUAACUUAUUCUCAUGAUUUUUUCA